GUCACGCCAUUUAUAUUUUCCAUUAUAAACACUACGCCUUUAGUCGACUCCUCAGCGGCCAACGGCGGCGGCGUCCUCCCCUCCCCCCACUACCGACCGGUAUCGGAUUGGCGUGGAGUGGAGAUCCAUCCGAGAAAUUGCCGAAUUGGGAUUGAUCUAUUCUGUUGGUUCUUCGUCUUCUCCAGCGCGCGAGAUCGAUCCACCCGAGGCGCGGGUGCGGGUCAGUUGGGCUGAGCGCCCAUGGAGCACACUAAGUCCGGCCCCAGCGGUUGGCCGGAGCUGGCCGACGUGGUGCCAGUGCCGCAGGACGACGGGCCCAGCCCCGUGGUCCCCAUUGCCUACCGCGACGACUUCCGCGAGGUCAUGGGCUACUUCCGCGCCCUUUACUUCGCGGGCGAGCGCAGCCCCCGCGCCCUCCGCCUCACCGCCGAAGCCAUCGAGCUCAACCCCGGCAACUACACGGUCUGGCAUUUCAGGCGCCUUAUUCUGGAGGCAUUGGAUUCUGAUCUACUGGAAGAGAUGAGUUUUGUGGACGAAAUUGCUGAAUGUAAUCCAAAAAAUUACCAAAUCUGGCAUCACAAGAGAUGGCUUGCUGAUAAAUUAGGGUCUGAUGUUGCGAAUAAAGAACAUGAAUUCACAAUGAAGACACUUGCUAUUGAUGCUAAAAAUUACCAUGCUUGGUCUCAUAGGCAGUGGGUUCUUCAAGCUUUGGGUGGAUGGGAGGGUGAACUGCAGUACUGCAACCAACUACUUGAGGAAGAUGUCUUCAACAAUUCAGCUUGGAAUCAGAGAUACUUCGUAAUAACAAGAUCCCCGCUUCUUGGUGGCCUUACAGUGAUGCGUGAUUCAGAAGUAGAUUACACAAUUGAGGCUAUUCUAGCAAACCCUCAUAAUGAAAGCCCUUGGAGCUACCUCAAGGGUCUAUACAAGGGCGAGAAAAACUUGCUAGUAGCUGACGAGCGCGUUUCUGGUGCUUGUCUCAAGGUCCUGAAGAAUGAUCGGAGUUGUGUAUUUGCUUUGAGCUUGCUGCUUGAUCUUCUUCGCAAUGGUUUACAACCUUCAGAUGAAGUUAGAGGAACUAUUGAAGCAAUGAAGAACUUUGAUCCUGAAACGGCAGAUGCUGAUCUUGCGAUUUCGGUUUGCUCUUUCUUGCAGAAAUGUGAUCCCCUGCGGGUAAAUUAUUGGUCUUGGUACAAGACUACUCUUUCUUCUCAGAUCUGACAAAUACAUGGGCUUACCCCUUAUAUCAUUAUUGGACUGUACUCCGUGAGGCAGACAUGAUUGAUAUGCCUUGGGUUAAAAGAUAGUUCCACUGGAUUUGCAUGAUGCAAAUCCUAUCAAAUCGAUGAACAGUGUAUGGCUUGACUUCGAUGCGACAUGAGAGCGACACUUGUACUGGAUUUUGCUUGGCGGAACUGAUCAAUGUUAUUAUUCCAAAUAACACCUUGUGUAACAUGUUAUUUCA